AAAAGGCAAAGCGAAAAAGCUAAAACUAAAAGCACGGACUACAAAUACAAAUUGCGAAUAGUGAAUCGUCUCGGUAUUUCCCAAAUUUACAGUCAGUCACACACUCACCUUCUCUUCUACGCAAUUCUCGUCACCUUCUCUUUCUCUCUCUUUCUUUCUCUCACUAAAAAAAAAUACACACUGACUCGGACUCGGACUCAGACUCAGAGUCAGAGUCGCUGUGGUUAUGCAAUGAAGAAAACCCAACCUCCCUAUCACGCCUCACGGCAACAACAUCACCCACCGCAUCACUCCCCGCGUGGACCUCACGCUCCUCUUUCCAAUUCCCGCCCUAUUCAAUACCCUCACCGUCCCCGGUGGCCCGGUUUUCCGGCGAACCACCGUCUCGAUCGUCCUCCAGGCCACACCGCCCUUCCAGUCCGUGGCAAAUUCGUUGUCGACCUCCUUGCCGACCGCCGUGGCCCUCGAUGCUCCGAUGUCGACUCCCUUAUCUCUCAAUGCAAGCUCUCGACGGACUCUCACGCGUCGUUACAAUCCGGAGGCGGAGGAGUCCGGUUGUUUUUCUUUGAAAAGGCCAACGCCGUUCAGGCCGUGGUCAAUCUCUGGGACUCGCGAUUCGAAGGCGUUCACUGCUACGUGCCUUGCCUCGCACGCAACCAUCAGGACGCCAAUUCCACCGCCGGAGAGCUCGAGGACCGGCUCCGAGCCUUAUUCGCCGACCGCGUGAUACGGCUGAUGGAAGGCGAGGAAGUGAAGAAGUGGCGGAAGAAGUUGCAGAGUACGGUGGAUGAGAUCGACGACGUGUCGUAUUUGCUGAGUAAGCCGAACAAACCUGGCGUUUGUCAACAGCUCUGUGACAGGAAGAAGGGGCUGAGUGCGGAGAGAGACUUGAUUGGGCAACGUUUGGGAGAGUUCAAGUCUGCAAUGAAUUGUAUUCAGGCUCAUUUGGAAGGAAACAAGGACGAAGAGGAGGGUGUGCAAGUGUUGAAGUUCGGUGCUUCUUUUGAUUGGAACCGGAUUUAUUGCUUGAUUUCGAGGGAGCGUCGGCGACUAGAGGAUGGUUUGCCUAUCUAUGCUUACAGGAGGGACAUUCUUCAGCAAAUUCAUCUCCAACAGAUAAUGGUUUUGAUAGGAGAGACUGGUUCAGGAAAGAGUACGCAGUUGGUUCAAUUUCUUGUGGAUUCAGGAGUUGCUGCUAAAGAGUCUGUUGUAUGUACUCAGCCCCGCAAGAUAGCUGCCCUCUCAUUGGCAGAUAGGGUCAAAGAAGAAAGUAGUGGGUGUUCUGGAAAUAAAUCAAUAGGUUGCUAUCCCGCAUUUUCAUCUUCUCAGAAAUUUGAUUACGAGGCAAUAUAUAUGACAGACCACUGCUUACUGCAGCAUUACAUGAAUGAUAAUAAUUUAUCUGGGAUAUCGUGUAUCAUAAUUGAUGAGGCCCAUGAGAGGAGCUUGAACACUGAUCUCCUUCUGGCAUUGAUCAAGGGUUUAUUGUAUCGUAGGGAUGAUUUGCAGGUUAUUAUAAUGUCAGCUACUGCUGAUGCAAACCAGCUCUCAGAGUAUUUUUUUAAGUGUGGAAUUUUUAAUGUAGUGGGAAGAAACUUUCCAGUUGAUGUCAGAUAUGUCCCUUGUGUAACUGAAGGAACUUCUGGUUCUGAUUUUGUUGUUUCAUAUGUGUCUGAGGUUGUGAAGAAGGCAACUGAGGUUGCCAAAACCGAGGAAGAGGGUACAAUUCUUGCCUUUUUGACUUCUCAGAUGGAAGUAGAAUGGGCCUGUGAAAAGUUUGUUGCUCCCUCUGCGGUUGCAUUACCUUUACAUGGGAAGCUUUCUUAUGAAGAGCAAUUUCGUGUUUUCCAAAACUACCUGGGAAAAAGAAAAGUUAUAUUUGCUACCAAUGUUGCGGAGACAUCGCUAACGAUUCCUGGGGUCAAGUAUGUAAUUGAUUCUGGCAUGGUUAAAGAUAGUAAAUUUGAGCCUGGCAGUGGCAUGAAUGUACUCAAGGUUUGCAGGAUCAGCCAGAGUUCCGCUGAUCAACGAGCUGGGCGUGCUGGGAGAACAGAACCUGGAAGGUGUUAUAGACUCUACUCAGAAUCUGAUUAUGAAUCUAUGCCUCGUAACCAUGAACCUGAGAUUCGUAGAGUUCAUCUUGGAGUAGCAGUUCUUAGGAUCCUUGCUUUAGGCAUCAAGAAUGUACAGGAAUUUGAUUUUGUUGAUGCACCUAGUGCUAAAGCUAUUGAAAUGGCCAUUAGAAAUCUUGUUCAAUUAGGAGCUGUGACAUGGAAUAGCGGUGUUCUUCAAUUAACUCUUGAAGGUCAGUUUUUGGUUAAAUUGGGUGUUGAGCCUCGGCUUGGUAAACUAAUCCUUGGCUGCAUACAUCAUCAGCUGCCACGAGAGGGUGUUGUUCUUGCUGCUGUAAUGGCAAAUGCCAGUAGCAUAUUUUGUAGAGUUGGUAAUGAUGAAGACAAACAAAAAUCUGAUUGCCUUAAGGUUCAGUUUUGUCAUCACAAUGGUGACCUCUUUACUCUUCUUUCUGUUUACAAGGAAUGGGAGGCUACGUCUCAGGAGGGGAGAAACAAGUGGUGUUGGGAAAACAGCAUCAAUGCCAAAUCCAUGCGGAGAUGCCAAGACAUGGUCAAGGAAUUAGAAGCUUGCCUCCAAAACGAACUUCAAUUUAUCACUCCAACUCUUUGGAAAUGGGAUCCUUGUAAGUCUACUGAGAAUGAUAACUUUAUGAAAAAGGUAAUACUCUCUUCCCUCGCAGAAAAUGUAGCUGUGUACUCUGGAUAUGAUCGACUUGGAUAUGAAGUGGCAUUAACUGGACAUCAUGUUCAGCUGCAUCCCUCAAGUUCGUUGCUAAUAUUCAGUCAGAAGCCUAGUUGGGUGGUUUUCGGGGAAAUCUUAUCCAUUUCUAACCAAUAUCUGGUCUGUGUUACUGGUGUUGACCUAGAAUCUUUGUCUGCCCUUGACCCUCCCCCCCUGUUUGAUGUAUCUGAGAUGGAAAGACGUAGGUUGCAGGUGAGGGUGUUGACUGGUUUUGGUAGCACUCUCCUUAAAAGAUUUUGUGGGAAGUCCAAUAAUAAUCUGCUGGGUCUGAUAUCACGUAUACGAACAGACUGCAUGAAUGAACAUAUUGGCAUUGAAGUCAAUGUUGACCUGAAUGAGAUUCGGUUAUAUGCCACUUCACAAGACAUGGAAAAGGUUGUUAGUUUGGUAAAUGGUGUGUUGGAGUAUGAACGGAAAUGGUUGCUUAAUGAAUGCAUGGAGAAAUGCUUGUAUCAUGGAACUGGUGUCGCACCAUCUAUAGCACUUUUUGGGGCUGGUGCUGAGAUCAAACAUUUGGAGCUUGAUAAGAGAUCUUUGACUGUUGAUGUGUACCAUUCAAAUUUGGAUGCCAUUAAUGAUAAGGAGCUCAUAAUGUAUUUUGAGAAGUUUGGUAGUAUCUGUGCCAUCCACAAGUUUACAGGCAAUGGACAGGACAGUAAUGAGAAAGAGAAGUGGGGCAGGAUAACUUUUCUUACUCCUGAUGCCUCUAGGAAAGCUGCUGAACAACGUGAAGAUAAAUUCAACGGCUACUUAAGGGUUGUUCCCGUACGGCCAACAUUGGGAGGGGAUCAUAAAAUGUUUUCGUUUCCUGCUGUUAGAGCUAAAGUUUAUUGGCCACGCAGGAUGAGUAAAGGGUUUGCUAUUGUUAAAUGUGCAGAAAAUGAAGUUCGAUUUAUGGUUAAUGAUUUCUCUAACCUGGCAAUAGGAGGAAAGUAUGUUCGUUGUGAAGUUGGCAACAAGUCUCCAGAUAGUGUUAUGAUAGGUGGAAUUGAUAAAGAUCUCUCUGAAGCUGAAGUUUUAGAAGUAUUGAGGUCUGCUACGAGUAGAAGAAUACUGGAUUUUUUCUUGGUGAGAGGAAUUUCUGUAGAAAAUCCACCAUGCAGUACUUGUGAAGAAGGACUUGCAAAAGAAAUCUCUUCCUUUAUGCCUAAAAGGAACCCCCACACCAACUGCUGCCGAGUUCAGGUCUUCCAACCUGAACCAAAGGAUGCUUUCAUGAAAGCUACGAUCACUUUUGAUGGAAGAUUACAUUUGGAGGCGGCAAAAGCUUUAGAGCAACUGGAAGGGAAAGUCUUGCCUGGUUGUCUUUCCUGGCAGAAGAUAAAGUGCCAACAGUUAUUUCAUAGCUCCUUGUCAUGCCCAGUGCCCGUCUAUUGUGUGAUAAAGAAGCAACUGGAGUCUUUACUUGCAAGCUUCAGGCAUUUAAAGGGUGCAGAGUGCACUCUAGAUAGGACUUUUAAUGGUUCCUAUCGAGUGAAGAUAUCUGCAAAUGCUACAAAAAUUGUGGCAGAUCUGAGAAGACCUGUGGAAGAGCUUAUGAGAGGGAAGACCAUAGUCCAUGACAGCCUCACCCCAACUGUACUUCAGCAUCUAUUCUCCAGAGAUGGAAUCAAUUUGAAAUUGUCAGUAGAACAAGAGACAGGAACCUUCAUUUUUUUUGACAGGCAUAGCCUUAAUGUUAGGUUGUAUGGUUAUCCGGAAAAGGUUGCGUUGGCAGAGAGGAAAUUGAUUGAAUCCCUUUUGACCCUUCAUGAAAGCAAGCAACUUGAGAUCCAUCUUCGAGGUGGAGUUUUGCCUCCCAACCUAAUGAAGGAAAUGGUGUGUAAGUUUGGACCAGACCUCCAUGGUCUCAAAGAGAAGGUACCUGGGGCUGAGUUUACUCUCAAUACUCGACGGCAUAUCAUCUCAAUUCAUGGCAGCAAAGAAUUAAAGCCAAAAGUAGAUGAGAUCAUUCAAGAGAUUGCACAGAUGAGAGUUGGUUCGACUGAAAGUUUUAACAAUAAAACUGCUUGUGCCAUUUGCUUGUGUGAGGUUGACGAUGGUUACCAGCUUGAAGGCUGUGGGCAUUUGUUCUGUCGGUUGUGUCUGGUAGAGCAGUGCGAGUCUGCAAUCAAGAACCAUGAUAGUUUCCCAAUAUGCUGUGCGUAUGAGGGCUGCAGGGCUCCUAUUUUGCUUACUGAUUUGAGGUCUCUCUUGACAGGUGAAAAGAUGGAAGAACUCUUCAGGGCUUCCGUGGGUGGAUUUGUGGCAUUGAGUGGGGGCAUGUACAGGUUUUGCCCAUCUCCAGACUGUCCUUCAGUUUACCGAGUGGCAGAUCCUGGUAGCCGUGGCGAGCCAUUUCUCUGUGGGGCUUGUUAUGUAGAGACUUGUACCAGGUGCCACUUAGAGUAUCAUCCGUAUCUGUCAUGUGAGAUGUACCGGGAGUUCAAGGAAGAUCCGGAUUCUUCCUUGAAGGUGUGGUGCAAGGACAAAGUAAAUGUGAAGACCUGUCCUUCAUGUGGGUUUACAAUCGAGAAGCUUGAAGGAUGCAACCACAUUGAGUGUAGGUGUGGCAAGCACGUAUGCUGGGCUUGUUUGGAGUUCUUUGGAACCGGUGAUGACUGCUACUCCCACUUGAGGAGCGUACAUGGGUUCAUGUGAAGUUAAACUAUUGUGUUCAUAUUGGUAUUACCUUAUAUCUAUAGGCUUAAGUUAUCAAUGUAUAUAGCCCAAAUGUAUAUAUUAGUUGUAUACGCGCAUGUAUUACAGAUAAAGGUUGCUGCCCAGACUUGCUUAUGUACAUGUGUUCAGCGGAUGCCUUCAUCUCUCGGCAGUAGUCUUCCUCUUUACUGCCGAUGCUUAUGUACAUGCGUUUAAAAAUGGCUGUCUUUGUUUUUCUCUCUAUCCAAUCUUUUCUUUUUUAUCCA